AUGGGCCGCCCCGAGCGGGGCGCGCUCCGGCCGCUGGCGCCGCUGCAGCUGCUGCUGCUGCUGCUGCUGCUGCUGCUGUUGCGGCUCCAACAUCUCGCGGCGGCGGCGGCGGAUCCACAGCGCGGCGGCCAAGGGCCGGUCAAAGAGUGCGAAGAGGACCAAUUCCGGUGCCGGAAUGAGCGCUGCAUCCCCUCCGUGUGGAGAUGCGACGAGGACGACGACUGCUCGGACAACAGCGACGAGGACGACUGCCCCAAGAAGACCUGUGCAGACAGCGACUUCACCUGUGGCAACGGCCACUGCAUCCCAGAGCGGUGGAAGUGUGAUGGCGAGGAGGAGUGUCCUGAUGGCUCUGAUGAGUCCGAGACUACGUGCACCAAGCAGGUGUGUCCUGCAGAGAAGCUGAGCUGUGGACCCGCCAGCCACAAGUGUGUGCCCGCCUCGUGGCGCUGCGACGGGGAGAAGGACUGCGAAAGUGGAGCGGACGAGGCCGGCUGUGCCACCUUGUGCGCCCCGCACGAGUUCCAGUGCAGCAACCGAUCCUGCCUGGCCGCCGUGUUCGUGUGCGACGGUGACGACGACUGCGGCGACGGCAGCGACGAGCGCGGCUGCGCCGACCCGGCCUGCGGGCCCCGCGAGUUCCGCUGCGGCGGCGGCGGCGCCUGCAUCCCCGAGCGCUGGGUCUGCGACCGCCAGUUCGACUGCGAGGACCGCUCGGACGAGGCGGCCGAGCUGUGCGGCCGCGCGGGCCCCGGGGCCACCGCCGCGCCCGCCGCCUGCGCCGCCGCCGCCCAGUUCGCCUGCCGCAGCGGCGAGUGCGUGCACCUGGGCUGGCGCUGCGACGGCGACCGCGACUGCAAGGACAAGUCGGACGAGGCCGACUGCCCUCUGGGGACCUGCCGUGGGGACGAGUUCCAGUGUGGGGAUGGGACUUGUGUCCCUACGAUCAAGCGCUGCAACCAGGAACAGGACUGUCCGGACGGGAGUGAUGAAGCUGGCUGCCUGCAGGGGCUGAACGAGUGUCUGCACAACAAUGGUGGCUGCUCCCACAUCUGCACAGACCUCAAGAUCGGCUUUGAGUGCACAUGCCCAGCAGGCUACCAACUCCUAGACCAGAAGACCUGCGGUGACAUUGACGAGUGUGAGGACCCCGAUGCCUGCAGCCAGAUCUGUGUCAACUACAAGGGCUACUUUAAGUGCGAGUGCCACCCUGGCUACGAGAUGGACACGCUGACCAAGAACUGCAAGGCUGUUGCUGGCAGAAGCCCGUCGCUGAUCUUCACCAACCGGCAUGAAGUGCGGAGGAUAGACCUGGUGAAGCGGGACUACUCGCGCCUCAUCCCCAUGCUCAAGAACGUCGUGGCACUGGAUGUCGAAGUUGCCACCAAUCGCAUCUACUGGUGUGACCUCUCCUACCGCAAGAUCUACAGCGCCUACAUGGACAAGGCCAGCGACCCAGCAGAGCAGGAGGUCCUCAUGGAUGAGCAGCUGCACUCUCCAGAGGGCCUGGCGGUGGACUGGGUCCACAAGCACAUCUACUGGACUGACUCAGGCAAUAAGACCAUCUCUGUGGCCACAAUUGAUGGCGGCCGCCGCUGCACUCUCUUCAGCCGUGACCUCAGUGAACCCCGGGCCAUCGCAGUCGACCCCCUGAGAGGGUUCAUGUAUUGGUCUGACUGGGGGUACCAGGCCAAGAUCGAGAAGUCUGGACUCAAUGGUGUGGACCGGCAAACACUGGUAUCAGACAACAUUGAAUGGCCCAAUGGAAUCACCCUGGAUUUGCUGAACCAGCGCUUGUAUUGGGUGGACUCCAAGCUUCACCAACUAUCCAGCAUUGACCUCAGUGGAGGCAACAGGAAGAUGCUGAUUUCCUCCCCUGACUUCCUGAGCCAUCCUUUCGGGAUAGCUGUGUUUGAGGACAAGGUGUUCUGGACAGACCUGGAGAAUGAGGCCAUUUUCAGUGCAAAUCGGCUCAAUGGCCUGGAAAUCUCCGUCCUUGCUGAGAACCUGAAUAACCCACAUGACAUUGUCAUCUUCCAUGAGCUGAAGCAGCCAAGAGCUGCAGAUGCCUGCGAGCUGAGUGCCCAGCCCAAUGGCGGCUGUGAGUACCUGUGCCUUCCUGCUCCUCAGAUCUCCAGCCCCUCUCCCAAGUACACGUGUGCCUGUCCUGACACCAUGUGGCUGGGCCCAGACAUGAAGAGGUGCUACCGAGCACCUCAAUCUACCUCAACUACGACGUUAGCUCCGACCACAACGAGGACACUAGCCGACACCACGAGAACCCCUGGGACCACUGUCCACAGCCUCACCUACCAGAACCGCAGCACAGAGACACCAAGCCUGGCAGCUGUGGUCCCAAGCUCAGUUGGUGUCCCCAGGGCUCCCAGCAUCAAGCCAUCUACCCCAAGCCCUGCGACCAGCAACCACUCCCAGCACUAUGGGAAUGAAGGCGGCAAGAUGGGCUCAACAGUCACUGCUGCGGUCAUUGGGAUCCUCGUGCCCAUGGCGGUAAUAGCCCUGCUGUGCAUGAGUGGCUACCUGAUCUGGAGAAACUGGAAGCGGAAGAACACCAAAAGCAUGAAUUUCGACAACCCGGUGUACAGGAAAACAACAGAAGAAGAGGACGAAGAUGAGCUCCACAUAGGGAGAACUGCUCAGAUUGGCCAUGUCUAUCCUGCAGCAAUCAGCAGCUUUGAUCACCCACUGUGGGCAGAGCCCUGUCUUGGGGAGACCAGAGAACUGGAAGACCCAGCCCCUGCCCUCAAGGAGCUUUUUGUCUUGCCGGGGGAACCAAGGUCACAGCCGCACCAACUCCCGAAGAACCCUCUUUCCGAGCUGCCUGUCGUCAAGUGCAAGCGAGUGGCAUUAAGCCUUGAAGAUGAUGGACUGCCCUGAGGAUGGGACCACUCCCUUCGUGCCUCAUGGAAUUCAGUCCCAUGCACUACACUCUCUGGAUGGUGUAUGCCUGGAUGAAGGG